AUGAGUGACCCAGCAGGGAAAUUCACAGUCCCACCGUACAGUCAAAUCGCAUGUAUUGGAACUGGUCUCUCUGUGAUUGCAUUAGGCGUGAUGCUUAAGAGAUGGUAUUCCCUUGAAGACAGUCUACGCUGUGCCUGUGAUGUCCCAUCCGCGCUCUAUUCAUGCUCAUUCCAUCCAAAUCCUAGAUGGACGAAGUUGAUGCCCUCAUACAAAGAAAUAAAAGCAUACCAAGAUGAAGCCGUCGAAGCCUACCGCCAGAGGGGCAAGAUGAGCUUUUCCACUGAAGUCAGGGAAUAUGUCUGGAGAGAGUAUGCAAAUCUUUGGUGUCUGACCCUUCUGGUAGAGCCUCGCCCCUGUGACAUCCCUGGUGCUGAGACAUUUCGAGGAGCCAUCUUCCACUCGGCAAGGUGGAGACAUGAUGUAUCUCUCGAGGGAAAGAAGAUUGUUGUGCUUGGGAAGGGAUGCACGGCUGCGCAAAUUGUUCCUGCAAUUGUUGAUAAGACGGAGUCACUCCACCAGAUCAUCCGCUCCAGGCACUGGGUACUUCCAGCUGCCAACCUCACCUACCCUCCUCUUCUCCAAUGGAUAUUCCAAUUCAUUCCUCUAGCCACGGCGCUCCAUCGUCUUCAUAGCUUCUUGGUGGCCGGUAAUGACUUUCGUUUAUUCCCAAUGACAAAGGCGGCCGCAAAGCGCCGCGAGAGCCGAAGGAAGGUGACAGAGACGUAUAUGCGCGAGACUGCCCCAGAGAAAUAUCAUGACCUCCUAAUCCCGGACUAUGAUAUAGCUCCGGGUGGCUUAAAGACCAAGAACAAAUUCAUCCCUGCAGAUGUCAUCAUUCUGGCCACUGGCUACCAAACCAACCAGUUUUCUCCAUACAUGAGCGUGCACGGCAAGGAAGGAACUCUAGAAAUGCAUUGGAAGCGGUACGACGGACCCCGCACAUAUGAACGCUCUAUUAUCAGUGGUUUUCCUAAUUACUGUCUCCUUGGACUAAAUCCUGCAACUGGCCAUACCUCUGCAUUGAUGGCAGCAGAGAAGGAUAGCUAUCCAUCCCGGGAUAAAAUCCUCGAUGGCACAGCGACCUCAGUUGAACUAAAGCAUACCAGGGAAGACCCCGAACACGUUUACCAAUAUAAGGCCAGACACCCCGCGCCGUAG